GGUGUUUAAAACAAUAGGAAAAGGAAUUGUUACCAUUUCAUAUUAACUACUAAUACUAUUCUAUACUAUAAUUUAUAAUGAAGAUCAUUUCUGAAGAAGAAAAGGCCGCUCAUAGACAAUACGUCCUUACUGAAGGUCUUAAAGGGUGUGUUAUUGGUGUUGGUGUUGCUUAUGGUAUUACUAGAUUUGUUAAAUAUAGAUAUCCAGUUAGAUUUUCUCAAAUGAAUGCCUCUAUCAAGGCUGCAAUGUGGGCCAUGCCAACUAUAACAAUUGGUGCCUUUUUUGCUGAUGAAGGUUCUCUUAAAUUCGAUACUGAUACUUAUAGAGCUGCUUAUUUGAAAAAGAUUGAAGCUGCACAAGAGGCUAAAUAUAAUAAUUUAAGUACAUCUGAAAGAAUGUUGGAAAAAUUGAAUGAAAAGAAAUACGAAACAAUCGUAGCAGCCUGGGCUGCUUCCUUAUAUGGUUCAUGGAAAUUAGUUGAUAGGGAUCCAUAUAUGACUAGAGCUCAGAAGCUUGUUCAAGCCAGAGUAUACGCCCAAGCAUUCACUGUCGUUUUAUUAUUAGGUACUAUUGUAUUGAGUGUGCAUACUGCUGAAGUUAAAAAGAAGAGUAAAGCUCCAGUCGAACAACCUGAAUGGAAGAAAUAUUUAGAUGAACAUGGAAAUGAUGGUAAUACUACUCCUCAACCUCACAUAAAGCACUGAUUAAAUUACAUACCUUAUGAGAAAUGACACCUAAUAAGCAUAACACUAAAUAGAAUAUAUAAUUUCUAUCUCUCUGUUAAUAGAUCAAAGAUUAAUCCUAAUAUUCAAAUACAACUAUUUACGUUACAAUUUUGUUUGUGCUUCGCACUUUUUCUUAACUCUAACGCAAAUUCCUUAAUAAAAAACUCUAAAGUCUAUAUGAUAU